AUGGCCAACCGCCGUGGCAUGCGUCCCACUCGUGCCCGUCCGGGUCCUCCUGUUCCUCCUGCUCCUCCGCAUCCUCCGGUUCCUCCGAUCGUUCCCGUUCCUUCGUCUCCUGCUCCGGCUAAGCCCGUUCGUUCCUUCGUCGGCCUGGAUGCUAACAACAAUCCUAUCACCGAAACCUUUCACACUGCUUUCGAGUAUUCCAUCCUGGAUGCUCCCGUUCUGUCCAGUGUCGAUUGGCGUGGUGACAAUCCCCGGGAUUGCAAGACGAUUGUUGCCCUUCGUGCCGCCCGGAUUCACCAAUCUGCCGCGAUCGCUCCUGUUGGCGAGUCGUGUGACAACUGUGCCCGAGGUUCGGGUCCGUUCGUAACUUGUCGUGUCUUGGUGCAUGGUGGUGUUCCCUUCAACAACGGCGGCUGCACGAACUGCAACUUUUCCGGCAACGGAACUAGUUGUUCCUUCCGUUCGACUCCGACGCUACCGGAAUGGGUCCUCACCCUCAUUCGCGCACAAAACCCUGACAGUGCUUUCCUUCGUUCUUCUGGAGCUGCCCGUUCGUUCCCGGCCGAGCCCCAAACUCCUCGGAAGCAGUCUGUCAGUUCUCGUUCGACUCCUCAGAGUCGCAAGCGAAAGGCUUCGCCUGCUUCCCCUUUGUCCGCAAGAUCUACCCAAAUGUCCCCUUUAUCCACGUCUGGCAUCACUGCCUCGCCGCAAGUUCUUGCUCGUCCGCGUCCUGUCGUCCCUUUCCAGUCACGUUGGUACAAGACUCCCACGACCGAUGCCGAUUUCAUUGCGGCUGGCCGUGCGGAGAACUUCGCCAGCAUUCGCGCGGUCUAUCGCGAACUUUCGACAAUUGCUGAACGGGUUGAGGACGAUAUGAUUGCCAUUACUGCGUUCUUGGACAAACAUGAACAGUUCGACACCCCUUCUCCGUCCGAGGACGAAGUUGUGGAGGGCAAUCCCUUCGAUAUGAACGUGGACUAA